AUGCCAGAUAUUUCUUCCGUGCCAUAUCCAAUUCGUGUACUUCAAUAUUUUACAUCCCCAUCAAAUCAAGAAUUUUUCUUAUCACCAAUUCAUGCAUUCUAUUGUGUAAUUUAUGGAUGUAUAAUUUAUUGGAAUAUGAUUUGGAUGUAUGAUAUUUAUUUGGUAAUAGCUUCUUGUUUGUUAUAUUCCAUUCAAUUUACAAAGGAUGUUUCUUCCACUUCUGAGAUCCUCAAAAAGAAAUCUUUCCCUCAUAUUAAUUUCUUGAUUAAAUUAAAAAUCCCACAUAAUUACUUAUCAAAUCUAGAAUAUUGGUUAUAUGAUUUCUUAUUUCAUACCCCUUCACUAUUCAAUUCUCCACAUUUAUCUUGUUCUCCUUCGGAAUUUUGGUCAAUAAGGUGGCAUAAACUCUAUCGUAAUUGUUUUGUCGAAUUAGGUUACCUACCUUGUAAACAAUUUGUAAAUCAUUAUUAUCCUUCCUCUUUACCAUUCAAAAAAGAAUUGGCUCAUAUGUUUGGAGUUUUCGCUGGAUUCUGGUGGAGCGCUUUAUUUCAUGAAUAUAUCGUGCAAUCCCUAUUUGGUUUAGGUACUGGUGAACAUUUUACCCUUUUCAUAUUUCAUGGUAUCAUUAUUAUCGUUUGGGAAAUCAUUACGGUCUCAUUUAAAAAAAUUACGAAAGUUGAUCAAAACAAUUAUGUAAUGAAGGGAAUUGGUUUCUUUGUGUGGAAUUCUAUUCUCAUCUUAUCAGCUCCUUGGUUCGUUGAACCUUAUAUUAGAGGGCGACAUUAUUAUUGUUAUCCCCAUUUCGGUUGUAAUAAAAAUUAUUAG